AUGAAGAAUAUCGAAGAUGAAACGGACCAGCGAAAGAGCAUCGGCCUUCUGUCAUCGCCACCACUGCCUGGCAAAGGACAACAGGUACGCGACGCGAUGUUACACGUGAGUCCAUGUGUCGGCCGUCGGCGACAUCAGCGGGUGGCUUUUUUCUGCGCCGGCCUCGAGCGUAUGCACAAACGCAGCUUUGCGAAACGUGUCAUGAAAAAUUCCAGACUUCGAUCAGGAGCUGGUGGUAAAAAAUCGAUGGUUUUUCUCUCCGUGACCCAAGAGGUGAGGUGA